UCUCCAGCUGCGGUGGCCGUUGAGAGGAGGGCGGACGGCCAUGGCAGCGGUCGCUGCGAAAGCGGCGGCUGAAGACGGAGAGCCACAACUCGAGGCGGUGCCGGGCCUGGACAGGCAGCGGCGCCUAGUCGAGAAUUGCGAGAGUGGACGAGAGCGUCCACUGCGGGCCGGCGAAAGCUGGUUCCUUGUGGAGCAGCACUGGUAUAAACAGUGGGAAGUGUAUGUGCAGGGAGAGGACCAGGACUCCAGCACCUUCCCUGGCUGCAUUAACAAUGCCGAGCUCUUUGAAGACCAGGUAAGCUGGCGCCUCAAGAAGGGUCUGGUGGAAGGGAAGGACUAUGUGCUACUCCCAGCGGAUGCUUGGCAUUACCUGGUCAGCUGGUAUGGCCUGGAAUAUGGUCAGCCACCCAUUGAACGCAAGGUCGUGGAGCUGCCCAGCACCCAGAAGGUCGAAGUUUAUCCAGUAGAGCUGCUCCUUGUCCGGCACCGUGAUAGGAGCACACCUCACACUGUGCAGUUCAGCUGCACAGAUUCUAUUGACCAGGUGUUACGCACAGCUCGGAAGCAGUUUCUGCUGAAACCCUGUGAAGAGGCACGACUGUGGAUCAAGAACUCAAAAGGCUUAUUUGAGCAGUUGUGCAACACACACGUCACAGUGCUUGACGCCAACCUCAAGACUGGGCAGGUGGUCAUCAUGGAGACCCGAAACAAAGAUGGUACUUGGCCCAGCGCACAGCUGCACGUCAUGAAGAAAAUGGCAGAGGAGGAUGCGGACUUCCAGGGCCAGCCAGGCCUCUGCGGUCUCACCAAUCUGGGCAACACAUGCUUCAUGAAUUCGGCCCUGCAGUGCCUCAGCAAUGUGCCACAGCUCACUGAGUAUUUCCUCAACAAUCGCUACCUGGAGGAGCUCAACUUCUGCAACCCACUGGGCAUGAAGGGUGAGAUCGCAGAGGCCUAUGCAGACCUGGUGAAGCAGGCAUGGUCCGGCCACCACCGCUCCAUCAUACCUCACAUGUUCAAGACCAAGGUCGGCCACUUUGCAUCCCAGUUUCUGGGGUACCAGCAGCAUGACUCGCAGGAGCUGUUGUCAUUCCUCCUGGAUGGACUGCAUGAGGAUCUCAAUCGGGUCAAGAAGAAAGAAUAUGUGGAGCUAUGUGAUGCUGCUGGGCGGCCAGACCAGGAGGUCGCUCAGGAGGCCUGGCAGAACCACAAACGGCGGAACGAUUCUGUGAUUGUGGACACUUUCCACGGACUCUUCAAGUCCACACUGGUGUGCCCUGAUUGUGGCAACGUGUCUGUGACCUUCGACCCCUUCUGCUACCUCAGUGUCCCACUGCCUGUUAGCCACAAAAGGGUCAUGGAGGUCUUCUUUGUCUCCAUGGAUCCUCGCCGCAAGCCAGAGCAGCAUCGGCUCGUGGUCCCCAAGAAGGGCAAAAUCUCGGAUCUGUGUGUGGCUCUGUCUAAACACACAGGUGUUGCGCCAGACAGGAUGAUGGUGGCAGAUGUCUUCAGUCACCGUUUCUACAAGAUCUACCAGCUAGAGGAGUCUCUGAGCAGCAUCUUGGACCGAGAUGAUAUCUUCAUAUAUGAGGUGUCAAAUAGGGUUGGGACUGGUGAGGGCAAGAGAGAGGACGUUGUGCUUCCUGUCUACCUACGGGAGCGUACCCCAGCCCGGGACUACAACAACUCCUACUAUGGCUUGAUACUCUUUGGGCACCCACUCCUCGUGUCGGUGCCUCGGGACCGGCUCACCUGGGAUGCCUUAUAUCACAUCCUGCUGUACCGACUCUCACGCUAUGUGACCAGGCCCACCUCAGAUGAUGAGGACGAAGGGGAUGAGAAAGGAAAUGAGGAUAAAGACAACAUCUCCAAGCCUGUGAAUGCAGCUGGAGGCAGCUCUCAAGACCCUGGGCCGGAGCAGGCUGGGCCCAGCUCUGGGGGUCAGGGUGGGAAUCGAGCCCCCUUGGACAACUUCCCUGGCCCAUCUCGCUGGCCCCAGAGGUCACAACGCAAGCAGCUGUUCACCCUGCAGACAGUGAAUUCCAAUGGGACCAGUGACCGCACGACCUACAACGAAGAUGGCCAUGGUGUCUCCUUCAGCUCCCAGCCAUACAUUGCCAUCGACUGGGAGCCAGAGAUGAAGAAGCGUUACUAUAACGAGGUGGAGGCUGAGGGCUACGUGAAGCAUGACUGCAUAGGAUAUAUGCUGAAGAAGGCUCCAGUGCGGCUGCAGGAUUGCAUUGAGCUCUUUACCACUGUUGAGACCCUGGAGAUGGAAAACCCCUGGUACUGCCCCACCUGCAAGCAGCACCAGCUGGCCACCAAGAAACUGGACCUGUGGAUGCUGCCGGAAACCCUCAUCAUCCAUCUAAAGCGCUUUUCCUAUACCAAGUUCUCUCGCGAGAAGCUGGACACCCUUGUGGAGUUCCCUAUCCGAGACCUGGAUUUCUCCGAGUUUGUCAUCAAACCGCAGAGUGAAUCAAAUCCAGAGCUGUACAAAUAUGACCUCAUAGCGGUUUCAAACCAUUAUGGGGGCCUGCGUGAUGGACACUAUACAACGUUUGCCUGCAACAAGGACAGCGGCCAGUGGCACUACUUUGAUGACAGCAGCGUCUCUCCUGUGACUGAGAGCCAGAUUCAGUCCAAGGCAGCCUAUGUCCUCUUCUACCAACGCCAAGAUGUGGCACGACGCUUGCAAAACCAACCCAGCUUACCUGGCCCCCCAGCAUCCCCUGCCUGUGGUUCCCCACCCAGCUCUGAGUUCAUGGAUGUGAACUGAAGGGCCCUGGGUCCUGCCACACAGAAGGAAGCCUUCUCUACUUCCUCCCUGUGUCUACCACCUAUUCUCUUAUCCAUGUUAGGUGUUCCCUACCAGGCAUUCCAAGCUUACUCGUGGCUGCUGCUGUCUUGUGCCCCUACAUUGCUCUCCCCCAGGGGAAAAAAAAGAUCCUGUCUCCUCCCCAGGCAGUGUUCCCUGCCUGUGUUGCCCCUUAGAGCAGUAGUAGCCCUCCCAUUUUAACUUAUGGUUGUCCCUUUCCCUUUUUCCUCAACCUGGUGUGUCUUGAGGGAGUGGAGGUUCAUCUGAACAGAGUGUAUUUUCUUAUUGAGAUCCUGUAUCCUCUGCUGUACAUAAAUAAAGCUCCAGUGUGUUCCUCA